UGCCACCUGUCAGUGUCCAUCAGUGCCAGCUAUCAGUGCUGAACAUCAAUGCCACCUAUCAAUGCCAAUCAGUGCCACCUAUUAGUGCUGCCAAUCAGUGCCACCUAUCAGUGCCAGUCAGUGCAGCCUAUCAGUGCGCAUCAGUGCCGCCUAUCAGUGCCAGUCAGUGCCACCUAUCAGUGCAAGUCAGCGCCACCUAACAGUGCCAAUCAGUGCACCUAACAGUGCCAGUCAGUGCCACCUGUCAGUGCCACCUAUCAGUGCACAUCAGUGACACCUAUCAGUGCCAUUCAGUGCCGCCUAUCAG